CAACUAAUAUCCUUAAAUCAUGCAGUCAUGUGUAGUACAUGCUUGCAAUCAACAAAGGCGCUACCCUCUAUUUAUACCUUUAAAUAUAUCCAGUCUGAAAAAAAAACAUCAGAACUAGAACUGAAGUACACAAAUAUGAGUUGUCUUAUCACAUUCUUAGCUCUUCUCUUAGUGCUCUCCAGCAACACCGUGACAGGCCAAAUACAACUAGGACAGCCAGGAGGACAGGCAUCAAUUCCAUGUAAUCAGGUGAUUAACGAGCUGUCACCGUGUUUACCUUACCUCCACAACCAAUACUCCUCACCCUCAACUUAUUGCUGUCAAGGCGCUAAGUAUGUAUGGAAGCAUUUCGCGCAAAGCAAGAAGAAACGACAGGGUGUUUGCCAAUGUCUCGAGUCUGUACUGCCUAUUAUAGGACAGAUUGAUGGUUCACUCAUCUCUGCUCUUCCUAAACAGUGUGGGUUGAAACUCAAACUUCCUCCCAUCAGUCCAAACUUUAAAUGUUCCCACUACAUGUGAUUAUUGUGCAGGGUAAAAUGAUGGAGACAAAGAUGAAGAAUGAGGAAGUUUUUAAUAAUUAUACGAGGAAAAAAAGGUUAUAUGCAGUUGUAAUAAGUAGUUGUUACAAUGUAAGAAAAUGACACGAGUGGUACACAAAAUGUGGGAUAGAAGAUUCGAAUUCCUUGCAAUAAAAGAGGCUAGAUUAUUUGUUCUUAAGCCAAGUACAACUGCACUGUGUUAUAGACUUGAUAAAACUUUAAUUAUUGUAGUAGCAAUUAGCAAUAAUAACAUUAUUUGCAAUGAGUUUGUUC